AUGCCUACACACACCCGUACUGUGUCUUAUACUAAAAGGUGGGCUAACAUUAGAUAUACUAGGAUAUUCUGAAAAACUAGCUGAACAAAACCAAAGUAUGGCGGUUUUGCUAUUUGCAAGCGUUAUAAAGUUGCGUUUAUGUCUCUGUUUAUGUGCAAACGAACACUUUUUCUUGAAACUAUUAAAACGAUCAUUUUUUAUAGCCUUUUCACCUUUAUAAACUCUAUCAAACUUCAAUGUUUGUCAGCUAUUUCGAAAUUCUGCUAAAACUUCAGAGAAAUGUCGGAACGCCGCAUCGACGUUAACCGCGCCAACUACUCGGUCAUCGACAACGAGUUCGGCAACAUGCGCGAUCGUUUCGAGCAGGAAAUGCGCCGUGUCGAGGAGGAGAUGAAGCGCCUUCGCAGCGAGUUCGAAGGUCAGCCAGCACAAGGAAAGUUUCGCAGUGUUCCAUUUUAUUGAGUCGUUAACCCAGAGACCUCGAACUAGUUCAACUGCUUUGUCAUUUCCUUCUUUCCUUCUUUUUCCUUCAUUUUUGGGCUAUCAGUAAAAACGUGACAUCACGUGAAACUUUGUGAGCAACUGUUCGAGAACAACAACAACAUUGCAAAGCGUUAUUGAUAGCAAUCGGAACCAAAAUGGAUUCCAAUAAACAAAAAUCCGACAACUAGGCGAACAUUCCCCCUAAAAAUUCCCAUAUAAAUGAAAGGCAAGCAAGCAGAAAAUGUGCGGGACGGACGUUUACUCUUUUCCUCGAAUGUCACACAAAGGAUUCUCUCACCAUCUUUGUGCUCAUUCUCAUUACAUCCUUUCUUCCUUCCGCGUCAACGCUCAUUCAUUUACAAGUCGAAUUCUCAUCUGAAAACUGAAAAAAAAGCUUCUCGAAGCGCCUAAGAUUCUACAGCUUUUUUUUCGGGAAAAAAAUUUGCGUAUCCGUCCCAUAAGACCCACUUACGAAAGUGAUGUUUUGAGAAAGAAGCAGCCAGAACACAAAAGAAAGAAAGUGGACAACGUCAUUUUGCGGACCCUCACUGACCAAAUUCUAUUUCGCGGCGCCUAAUGCGCUGGAACUGCGCCCAGCCAGUGCGCUCACAUUUUUUCUUUUGAGUUGUUCCCAAUGAUUUUGCGCGACGACACUUAGUUAAUCAUCUCGUCUCGAACGCACAAGGUCAUUUUCAAAGUGUAGUGGAGAAAGAAAUGAAAGGUUCAUUGGUUCAUGAUUGCAGGCUAUCGUCCAAACGGAGGCGCCCCGGCCGCCAUUUCGAACCAGCCCUACAACGCCUACUCGACGACUUCUUCUCACCACGAGUCGUCGAACCGUACCGGAGGAUUCGGAGCUGCUCCAAUUCCACCAUCGUCGUUUCACGGUAAGCAUAUUUUGCAGAGAAGACGAGAGAACGUGCCAAAAAGUGAGCAAUAGGGAAGGAAAUGAAGGAAUUCUCGUCAGUCCUUGCAUGUGUGCUUAGCGGGGGCACUUCUUCAUUCUCUCCUUCUUCCUUCCCCUUUUUUGUCGUCGUGUUCCAAAUAACUGGCCAUGCAAAACAUGUUUUCUCAGCCCUCUUCAAUGGCUUUUCUAACAAGAUUCUUGGGCGUUUCACAGAUUUUCUUAUAUUUUUCACAAUUUUUUCCGAAUUUUGACGACAGAAAAGGAGGAAAAGGCAGACGAAUCAUUGUCUGCGUCGUAUGUAUAAAAUUAUCUGACGUGCGCAUCAAUUCCGAAUUCCGAAUUUUGCACCAAUAUCGGGCCCGUUAGUGCCCUUUUCCAUCCUUCAAUUUCUCACCAUUAAACUCCCCUCAUCAAUCAGUGACAAACUCAAGUUAAAUGACCAUAAUAAUGGCCUCUAACCCUUCGCGUGCUUGAUUUUUGUUUCGUUUCCUUUCUUCCUUGAGAGGGCAACGUGAGGGCCGCUUCGGCGUCGUUAAAAUUCCCAACUGCACAAUUGAGAAACGCUCACUUUUUUGCGAAAGGAGGCUUUCAAAAACAAGUGACAGCAGCUGACCUAAAAUGGUGAACACAGCUUUUUUUGGUUUGCAAAACAAUUUUUGAGCUUUUAUAUUUUCCCAAGGUUGGUUCUAGGACCAAAAAGCAUCCUUCCCUAUCAAAUUUCAUCCCCAACUUUGUCGUGUUGUUUCGCUUCGUUUUUUGUUCUUGCAUUUUCGGCAUUGUUGUUGUUGCUCUCUGCUCUCUGCUCGUUCGCAGCACAGAACAAUUUGAAUUAUUACACAGUGGUUUUAUGCACCAGGGGCAUCCUGAGCCGAAUAGCCGCAUAGCAACAUUUCGGCACCAACAGCAACCUCCGCUCGCAUUCCUAUUGUGCUCGCCAUUUUCUAUUUUCCUUUUUCCUUUUCGCAACUAUUAUUUUUAUUUGCAGGACCAAGCGACCUGAUGGCUCAUCGCCCGACUUACGAUCCGUACUUGGACAACUUGAAGAGCCCGCUCAUCAAGGACGAGAGCGAUGGAAAGACUCUCCGUCUGAGGUGAGUGUUUGAAAAAGAGGAUGUUUGUGAAGUGAACACGAGGCUUUUCAGAUUCGAUGUGGCCAACUACAAGCCAGAGGAGGUCACCGUCAAGACCAUCGACAACCGUCUUUUGGUGCACGCCAAGCACGAGGAAAAGACUCCUCAGAGAACUGUCUUCAGAGAGUACAACCAGGUAAGAACCUAUAACCAGGUAGACACUAUUAAACUACCACAUACACUGCCCGAAUCAAAACUCUCAGAAAUGUUAAAGUUCUGACCGUGGCUGUUAGGCACUUCCGAGAGUUGGGAUUCGGGCCACCUACAUGACAAAUUAAGACGAAUCAGAAGGACACAUAAAUAAUCAUAUUUCAGGAGUUCCUGCUGCCAAGAGGAACUAACCCGGAGCAAAUCUCGUCGACUCUCUCCACCGAUGGCGUGCUCACCGUCGAGGCUCCGCUCCCGCAACUCGCUAUUCAGCAGUAA